AUGCCGUCCUUUGCCGUCCGGAAAGAGCUGCAAGAACGUUACAAUAUCGACAGGAGGCAUGUCUAUGAUUACUUUCACAGCCGAGGCUUGCGCGUGAUCAAGGAAGAUAAGAACGGUAGCACAACUGUACCAAAUGAUUUUGCUCCAAUGCCGGCG